AUGGUGAUCAAGGUUGGCGGGUUGACCAAGGAAGCGAAGAAUGACACCCGCGAGAAGAGAGGCGAGACAGGCGAGGAGGGGGAAUUGAAGGGAUCAGACAGCAGAACGGAGGAGCAGCGUGAUGAGCGGCGGGAGGAGGGGAUAGAAAAGGAUCACGUAGGGAAGGAGGAGAGUGCACGGGAUAGCAGCAGCACGCUGCAUACCGACAGCACGCGGCAGGAGAGCGGCACGCGGGAGGAGAACACGACGGGGGAGGGAGGGCGUGAGAUUGGUAGCGAUACGCGGCAGAAGGAGGAGGUCGGGGGGAAGGCGGAGGCAGCUGCUGGCGCGCAUGAGGGGAAACAUAGCAGCCCAGGGGCACAGGCAGCCAAAUCGGAUGUCGCAUGGGAAGCGGAUGUCGCACCGGAAAGAGAAGCAGCGGGAGAGUCAAAGGCAUCAGGGGAGGCGGGGGCGGCAUCAGGGGAGGCGGAGUCGGCAUCAGGGGAGGCGGAGUCGGCAUCAGGAGAGGCGGGGCCGGCAUCAGGGGAGGCGGAGACGGCAUCAGGGGAGGCGGGGGCGGCAUCAGGGGAGGCGGAGUCGGCAUCUGGGGAGGCGGAGUCGGCAUCAGGGGAGGCGGGGGCGACAUCAGGUGGUGGAGUUAGCGACGCUGCAGUGAUCGCUGUGGCCGAGUGCAUACGCAUACUCACGCUCCGUGUCUCUCUAUCCACGCUUCCCGCCCUUCCUGGUUCUGCAUCCCUCUUUACUUCCGCCCCCCCUCUCCCCCCUUCUUCUUUCCCAGGGCAACCUAGGCGCACGCCUGCAGGCGCUUUGCCUUGCGCCCGCCGUCAGCGCGGUGUGGGGCGCGCGCGCACCGGGGGAGGCGGAUGCGGGAAGAAGGAAGGGGAUAAGGCGAGGGAGGUAGCCGUUGUGUGGAGUGACUCAGCGGUCGCGGAUGCUGACGUGGACGGAAGUGCUGCUGAUUCCGCUGGCGGCAGUCCCAAGAAGGGACCCGCAGGGGAGGGGUUCUUGGAUUUAUUCAGCGGGUUUCCCGGUGCAUGCUCCGCCCUCCGCCUCUUCCAGUCUUGCCUGGGCGCUCUGCAGCCCUCGCCACGUGUCAGCAGAUUACUGGAGGAGGGAGCGCUGGGGGAAACGGGAGCAGCUGCUGGGAGGUCUGAGGGGGAGAUAAAGGAGGGUGGGGGAGGACGGGUAAAGGGGGGAUCUAGGGAGAGACUAGCUCGUAGCACGGCUGUGUAUCUGGAAGCCAAUCAGGUGAUGCCAGGGGGCACGUGCGGAGGGUGCCCCGAGGACCCUCUACUCAACUGCACGCUUCGCGCGCUGACGUGGCGCUACCUGCGCGUGCCGUCCAACUCGUCUGACGUGGACUUCACUGUAGCAGCUGCCUCUGCUACAGACGCUGCUACAGUCGCAGGCACCUUCCAUCCCCUGCGCGCCCCCCUCCUCCUCCCCCACACUGCUCUGGCGGAGCUGCUGCUGCUGUCGUGGGCUCGAGGGCUCAUCCACUCGCGCCCCUCCGUGGAGGCUCUCUUCAUUGCCGCCCAGGGGAAGCACCGGGCGAGUCAGAGCAGCAGUGUGGGGGGAGAUGUGGGAGCCUCUGCAGAGGCUGCUGCUGUCCGCCCUCUGGCAGCCGCGUUUGUGAAGGAGGAGAGUGUGUGCGCUGCCCCUCGUGUUGCCCGCUAUGCAUACUUCUGCCCGCACAUGUACUGGAAGGCGAUGGGUUUUGUGGACCAGAAGUACCUGCAGCAGAUGCCUCGUCGAUG